GAGGGAAAGGUAGUAAAAAAUGAAAGGGUAACAUGGAACCCGGCAUAGCUUGCUGGCCAGAGAACCUAUGUCCCUCCUCAUAGGAGUGUCUGUGAUAUCCAUGAUCUGACUGCGCUAGUAAACAUUUCGCAGUGAGCACUGGUAAACAGACAGAUACACAUCCAGCCACCGUGGUCACAACCAAUGCCUAUUACUUGCAACAGGACUUUCCUUGGAGCUAACUGAGCAAAGAAUUCUUCUUGUCGACACCGGGAACUCUCGAGCGAAGUGCGGUUGUAAAGAGCCCGUGAAGUAAACACACGUGCAGCAGAUGUCAAGACGAAGUGGCUGUGUGAUUUACAAGUGCGUGGACAAACACUGAUUGCUUCUCAACUACACUUACAAGACUCAGUCUUGUUCAAUAAGAGUUGGAUAUAUUGCAACCGGUCAAACCACAAGUCACUUUUCUCAGGACAUUUCAGAAACACUCAAGGAUUAGAGAGUAAAAACAUAAGGUUUAACUCAUCAAGUACAAGUUUUACAAAAAUCCCUUUAGCAUCCACAUUCUUUUUCUGCCUAUGAGUAUGACUGUUUCGAGAGAAGCGAAGUUGCACAAGUUAUGAAUUGUUUUCACAGUCGAUACUAACUGUUAUAUUUUCGGGAAAAGGCAAUACAUCUGGCAAGGAGAGGUGACAACAACAAUGUGUAUUGUCCCCCGUAAACUGAACUAACCACAACUGGUCUGUGACGACCACGAACCGUCACACCGGAGGUAGUGCCAAACAACCAGCAGCAUUCGACGGUGUGUGUAACAAGAUAAGCCCCACGUUGGAAUGUCCCAUACAACACCCCACAUGACUACAGUCACCGUCUUGGCCAACUACCGAAAGAUCUGACAACAAUUUGGGAUUUUUUUUUAAGUUACCGGUGAGAACAGCGCAAGAAGCCAGCCGUGCCUACAGUCUACAUAGUGUGUAUACCUAACGGCUACCAUUUGAGUUUUCUUCAUCCAAAACGGCGAAGCGAAGUAGAGCAGUUUGUUUCAACAACAACAACAACACCGGCAGUCGUGGACCCACCAGCGCCGUCACCACGCCAGACCAGCACCGCGCGUUGACAACGGCCCCGCCGGCUCAAGCGUCGCGGAGCACGGCAGCCAGCAUGGUUCAGAUGUGCGCCGGCUGCAAGGGCCCAAUCCUGGACCGGUACCUCCUGAACGUGCUGGACCGGCCCUGGCACGUCAAGUGUGUACAGUGUUGCCACUGUAAAUCAAGACUGUCAGAAAAGUGUUUUUCCAGAGACGGGAAACUUUUCUGCAAAGCUGACUUCUCCAGGACGUACGGGACCAAGUGUGCCGGUUGCGCGCUGGGCAUUCUACCCAGCGAUCUGGUGCGCCGUGCGCGGAAUAAGGUGUUCCACCUGAACUGUUUCACAUGCAUGGUCUGCCGAAAGCAACUCUCGACGGGCGAAGAGCUGUACGUGGUGGACGAGAACCAGUUUAUAUGCAAAGAAGACUACAUCAGUAAAACCUACGGUAAGGGCCAAGUGCCAGAUCUAUUGGACUCCUACGGCGGCCUGACACCGUGCGACACCAGCUUAGCGGGCAGUCAGGACGACGGCUCGACGGGCGAGAUCUCCGGCAGCGAGGACCUGAUAGACAACGACAUGCCGGAACCCUCCCCGGCCCCCUCCAAUUCCCUCACCGACGAGGGCGACAGAACCAAAGAGACGAACAAUAAUAACAACCCCGACGGUAUCAAGAUCGAGCGGGACCGAGACAGCGAGGGCGGGACUGGGGGGUCAACAGGGGGCGUGUCUGGAGCCAAGAGGCGGGGCCCCAGGACCACGAUCAAAGCCAAGCAGCUGGAGACACUGAAGGCGGCCUUCGCGGCCACGCCCAAGCCCACCAGGCACAUACGAGAGCAACUCGCCCAGGAGACGGGGCUCAACAUGCGGGUCAUUCAGGUUUGGUUUCAGAAUCGCAGGUCGAAGGAGAGACGGAUGAAGCAACUCAGUGCCCUGGGUGCGAGGCGGCACCACUUCUUUCGAAAUCCACGGCGCAUGCGCCCACUCCGAGGGCCGUAUGACGUAGAAAACAACCCGGAUGUCAUGGGCAGCCCGCCGUUUAACUACGACCACGAUGGAGCACCGGGCGAGUACUACCCACAGGGCUACUACGACUUUUUCCCUGGUCACCAGCCACCCCCAGACCACCAGGGAGAGCCACUGGGCUACAUGGGCACCCCAGUCUCUCAGCACAAUCCCCUGACCAGCCUGGAACAGCCGUUGCAUCCCAACAUGGGAGGCCUCCCUCCGGAAGGGGCACAGCAGUUCGGCAUUCCCCACAAGGAGCUGAGUCCGAGUCCGGAGCCGCCCAUGUCUAUGGCGCCCAACGGGGAGGGUUACCGGCAGAGCGACGGACGCUUUAUCGUCACGAGGGCCGGUCUGCCCCACGGAGGACCGUUGAACGGGUACGGCAGGGGUAUGACGCAAGAACUUGUGGGUGAGGUGUGGUGACCCUCACAGACAGAACAAUAACGCCUCACCCAAAGGCAGACUCUAUCAGAGACAGUCUUACUAGACGAUGUGUGCGUCUAUGAGGAGGAUGUAGAUCGCACCGAAUCUGCAAGACAGUUUUAGUCAACUGCUCACAAUCACGCUGCACCUGUAUGCAGUAUGCAUGAGAGGUUCCACACACACAAGCUCAAUUCAGUAACCUCCUGAACUUUGAGGCGCUUGAGAGGUUUUUGCCACAACAAACUGAGGCGUCAGCUUCUGGCCAGGCCAGGAGAAAUGCCUGUGGUCGACACUGAGAUCUAAGUUUAAUGCAGGCAUCAGAAAAAAAAGCUCAUAACAAAUAGACCUCUUCAUUAUUGUGACAUGCCGCACCUCAGAACACACUCACGUCACGCCUAACCUCACGUCAUUGGACCUCAGAGCCACAUGAGGUUACCUCUACCGAAAUCAUUGACAUCAUAUAGCUUGGACAAAAAAUGUGGAGAGUUUGUCAACAUUGUCAACGAAUCUGACUGGGAACCUCGUGCAUGUGGUUUCAAUGGGGAAUGAGGUUCCCCACCUCACGAUUCAACGCAGUUGAGGUGCCUAAACUUUACACAGGCUCAGUUUGUGUUACUAUUUAUUUUCUAGUUUUAAAUUAUUGGGAAAAAAUGGAAAAACGAAACACGAGCAGUAAUUUUUGAGAGAUUUCUCCAAAUUAUGACGUCACCUUCUGCCUUUUAAUUCAAGAGAUGGUGCAACAUUUGGGACAUUUUGUGUAAUUUUCAUUCUUGUUUUCUCGCAUCAUAGUAUUUAAAGAAAGGUCACAAACAUUGUCUGUUUAUGUAUUUAUAAUACAACUCGUACCGUUAUUUCUUUUAGGACAAAGUGGUACUCGGAAAGUUUGGUACAAAAAUGAAACAAUUUAAUUACUGAUUUUUCGAUUGUCUGUUACCAUUAAUGAGAAAAAAUACAUGACCUAGACGCAAACUAUUUCAAAAAUUCCCUUGAAACGGACCAAAUGAGAGUGUGAAGCACUCUUUUCACCUUUAAUUUAGUUUUUGAAAAACGCACUGAUGAAUGUUUUCUUUGUUUCAUUUCGAUAAUUUUAUUAUCAUUCCUUCUAAAAGUUGCUUUCAAUAUUUCUGUUCGACCGAGCAGCUUGGCUCAUCAGAACUUCUUUGUGAAUACAGUGAAAUGUGGAUUUCUGAUAUUUUAACAGUACUUUUAAUUAGUCUCUGUUCAUUCUUAAUGAGUUUCAACGUCUGUGGUACAAUUAAGAGAAAAAAAUUCACAAAAUGUAAACAUUGUAAUGUACAAGAGAACAUAUUUUUUUUCUGGUCAAUGUUCCACCGUCAUUGUUGUACAGAAUAUAGCAAACGUCACGUGAUUGCCAGCCAACCGAAUUUAUAUUCUACAGCACACACCAAAUGCAUUUGGCCAAUCAAAUGGCCGCAAAUGGCCGAGGCCUGACGUAAAUCUGCAGCGUCUUCGCCUUGAUUUUUUGUCAGUUCGUUUUUAUGAAUGGCUAUCGGUUGGCAGGUAAUGUCACGUGUCUCAAAGGGUGACUUGUGAUUGGAUAAUUACUGUUAACAUGUGACUAUUUGGUCUGUCUUUGCUAGGUGGGGACGGAAUAACUGUAUAUUUGUGGCCACUGGUGCAAGAUAAUAAAAAAUGUAUUAUUUAUGUCAAGUAAAACUCAAAA